GCUCCUCCCCCCUCCCCUCCCCUGGAUCUCCUCCUCCCGCCCCGCCCCCACCUCCCCGCCCACGGGAGCCCCGCCGCCCCUCGCCGCUCGCCCGUGGGCCCCGCCGCCUCCCGCUCCGCCGCGCCACCCAGCUCCGAGGCUUCCAGGAAGGAGAGGGGAGGAGAAGCUCGAAUCUUUGAUGCCCGGCACCCGAUGGCGACGCCGACCGUAGAGAAGCCCGACGGGGUGGAGAUCCGCGAGGUGUGGGCGGAGAACCUCGAGGCCGAGUUCGCCGUGAUCCGGGAGAUCGUCGACGACUACCCCUACGUCGCCAUGGACACCGAAUUCCCCGGCGUCGUCUGCCGCCCGCUCGGCACCUUCAAGUCCAACGCCGACUUCAACUACGCCACGCUCAAGGCCAACGUCGACAUGCUCAAGCUCAUCCAGCUCGGCCUCACCUUCUCCGACGAGCGCGGCGGCCUCCCCGCCCUCGGCCCGGACGGCCGCCCCUGCGUCUGGCAGUUCAACUUCCGGGGCUUCGACCCGCGCACCGACGUCGCCGCCGCGGACUCCAUCGACCUGCUGCGCCGCAGCGGGAUCGACUUCGCCCGCCACGCCGCCGAGGGGGCCGACUCGCGCCGCUUCGCCGAGCUGCUCAUGUCCUCCGGCGUCGUCCUCAACGCCGAGAUCCACUGGGUCACCUUCCACAGCGGCUACGACUUCGGCUACUUGCUCAAGCUGCUCACCGGCUCCAACCUGCCGGACACCAGCUCCGGAUUCUUCGACCUCAUCAGGAUUUACUUCCCCGUGAUCUACGACAUCAAACACCUGAUGAGAUUCUGCAAUAGCCUCCACGGCGGGCUGAACAAGCUCGCUGAGCUGCUCGACGUCGAGCGGGUCGGGAUCUGCCAUCAGGCGGGCUCCGAUUCUCUGCUCACCGCGCUCUCCUUCAACAAGCUCAAGGAGUCAUACUUCGGCGGAUUAACUGAGAAAUAUGCUGGUGUGUUGUAUGGUCUAGGCACAGAGGGCGGGGAAACCACCUCUGUUCACUGAGUAAUGGAUAGUUAAAUAAAUGAUGAACUAUUUAUGAGAGAAA